GGCACCACCUUCAGCCUAGAGACCCCCAGCACUCACCCUCACUGCUCUCUCCUGCAGGGGAAAUCUGUGCAUUCAAGAUCCAUGGGCAGGAGCUGCCCUUUGAAGCUGUGGUGCUCAAUAAGACAUCUGGAGAGGGCCGGCUCCGUGCCAAGAGUCCCAUCGACUGUGAGCUACAGAAGGAGUACACAUUCAUCAUCCAGGCCUAUGACUGUGGUGCAGGACCUCGGGAAGCAGCCUGGAAGAAGUCACACAAGGCUGUGGUCCACAUCCAGGUGAAGGAUGUCAAUGAGUUCGCACCCACCUUCAAAGAACCAGCCUACAAAGCCAUCGUCACAGAGGGCAAGAUCUAUGACAGCAUCCUGCAGGUAGAAGCCAUCGACGAGGACUGCUCCCCCCAAUACAGCCAGAUUUGCAACUAUGAAAUUGUCACGACGGAUGUGCCUUUUGCCAUUGACAGAAAUGGCAACAUCAGAAACACUGAGAAGCUGAGCUAUGACAAGCAACGCCAGUAUGAGAUCCUGGUAACUGCUUAUGACUGUGGACAGAAGCCCGCUGCUCAGGACACCCUGGUCCAGGUGGAUGUGAAGCCAGUGUGUAAGCCUGGCUGGCAAGAUUGGACCAAAAGGAUUGAGUACCAGCCCGGCUCGGGGAGUAUGCCCUUGUUCCCCGGCAUCCACCUGGAGACGUGCGACGGAGCUGUGUCCUCCCUCCAGGUCACUGCGGAGCUGCAGACUAAUUACAUCGGCAAGGGCUGUGACCGAGAGACCUACUCUGAGAAAUCCCUUCAGAAACUAUGUGGAGCAUCCUCGGGCAUCAUCGACCUCUUGCCAUCCCCUAGUGCGGCUACCAACUGGACUGCUGGACUCCUGGUGGACAGCAGUGAGAUGAUCUUCAAGUUUGAUGGCAGGCAGGGUGCCAAGAUCCCGGAUGGGAUUGUGCCCAAGAACCUGACAGACCAGUUCACCAUCACAAUGUGGAUGAAACAUGGCCCCAGCCCUGGCGUGAGAGCUGAGAAGGAAACCAUCCUCUGUAACUCAGAUAAAACUGAAAUGAACCGGCAUCACUAUGCCUUGUAUGUGCACAACUGCCGCCUUGUCUUCCUCCUGAGGAAGGACUUUGACCAGGCAGACACCUUUCGCCCCGCAGAGUUUCACUGGAAGCUGGACCAGAUUUGUGACAAAGAGUGGCAUUACUAUGUCAUCAAUGUGGAGUUCCCUGUGGUCACCUUGUACAUGGAUGGAGCAACAUAUGAACCAUACCUGGUGACCAAUGACUGGCCCAUUCAUCCAUCUCACAUAGCCAUGCAACUCACUGUCGGCGCCUGUUGGCAAGGAGGUGAAGUGGCCAAACCACGGUUUGCACAAUUUUUCCAUGGCAGCCUUGCCAGUCUCACAAUCCGUCCUGGCAAAAUGGAAAGCCAGAAGGUGAUUUCUUGUUUGCAGGCCUGCAAAGAAGGGCUGGAUAUUAAUUCCUUGGAAAGCCUUGGCCGAGGGAUAAAGUAUCACUUCAACCCUUCACAGUCCAUCCUUGUGAUGGAAGGCGAUGACAUUGGGAACAUCAACCAAGCCCUCCAGAAAGUCUCCUACAUCAACUCCAGGCAGUUCCCAACAGCAGGGGUCCGGCGCCUCAGACUCUCUUCUAAAGUCCAGUGCUUUGGGGAAGACGUGUGCAUCAGCAUCCCAGAUGUGGAUGCCUACAUCAUGGUCCUGCAGGCCAUCGAGCCCCAGAUCACCCUCCAGGGAACAGAGCGUUUCUGGAGACCGGCUGCCCAGUUCAAAAGUGCCAGAGGAGUGACUCUCUUCCCUGACAUCAAGAUCAUCAGCACCUUUGCCAAGACUGAGGCCUCUGGGGACGUGAGAGCUACAGGCACAGCCCCCAAAUCUGCAGUCUUGGAAGAAAUGCUACACAAUUUGGAUUUCUGUGAUAUUUUGGUGCUUGGAGGGGACUUGGAUCCAAGACAAGAGUGCUUGGAGCUCAACCACAGUGAGCUCCACCAACGACACCUUGAUGCCACCAACUCUACUGCUGGCUACUCUAUCUAUGGUGUGGGGUCCAUGAGCCGUUAUGAGCAGGUACUGCACCACCUCCGUUACCGCAACUGGCACCCCACUUCCCUUGAGACUCGGAGGUUCCAGAUCAAGUGUUCAGAGCUCAAUGGGCGUUACACCAGCAAUGAGUUCAACUUAGAGGUGAGCGUACCCUGCCAUCAUUAGGGGAGGCCUGACCCACCUGCCCAUUCCCUCAUUCGCUCAGAGAACUAUCACGGAUGCCUCCUCACUCCCCUCCUUGCUCUUCUCAGGUCAGCGUCCUCCAUGAAGUGAGAGUCUCUGAUAAGGAACAUGUCAACCAUCUUAUUGUGCAGCCACCCUUCCUCCAGUCUGUCCAUCACCCUGAGACCCGGAGUAGUAUCCAGCGCAGUUCAGAAACAUGAAGGAACAGGGCAUGGAGAAGACGAGACUGAAGGAGAGGAAGAAGAAGAAGCAGAGGAAGGCAUGAGCUCCAGCAGCAGUGGCUCUGAUGACAGUGAAGAGGAAGAAGAGGAAGGGAUGGGCAGAGUCAGACAUGGGCAGAGUGGCACCAGGCAAGCCCAGCUGGAGUGGGAUGAUUCCACCCUCCCCUACUAGUGCCCAUGGGUCUGCUGACCAGCCCAUGUGCCGCUUUUGUAAAACCCAACCCAAUGUACGCCCAAGCCUGUCACAGUCACCUCUGGUUUUUAUGACAGGUCUGGGAAGGCCAUGGAAUCUGCCCUCUAUGCUUUGGGCUCUGCCUAUGUCCCAACCAUGGGGCAGUUCUAAGAAUCCAGUGUCACCAUCAGUGGGGACUGUAGGGUGUUAUGUUGUCCUGUAGCCCUCACUUCUUUCUGCUCUGGGCUCACCCAGAAUCCUGUCACCCAACCUGCAGAGUUCUGAUCACCUUGCUCUUUUCUGCAGGGGAGGAGCUCCCCUUUUGUGUCACUUGCCACCCCUAGACUCAGUGUUUUCAAACUCCUUGGGUUAUAACUCACUGUGUACGUACUUGACUAAAUAGCCUUUCGCCACCUACACCAGCAGGUCCUCCCUAUGCUGGGUCUCCAGGUUGCUUUAUACAGAGAAGGCAGUAGAAUCUCAGUCAUAUACCUAAGAUCUUAGGGCUUAAGAAUUGAAAAGAAAGCCUUUGUUGAGGCAGAAUUGAGUUUCCAUGGAAAGGCCCAUAGUACAUAUGUAUAUGUGCACAUGGGUGUACACACACACACACACACACACACACACACACACACACACACAUACACACACACACACACUUCCAAGCUUGGAGAGCCUUUCUUUUUACUUCUUUUGAGACUAAAUAAACUGUAUAACAGGUUCAAACCCAAGAGUUAGAAGGUGUCCUCAUCAUAGGGUUUGCUGAGCAGCUUUUCAACCUGUCUAGACAAUGCAGGUGGCUGCCCUACCCAGGGCUAUAACCAUGAUGGAAGCACUCCAUACAGGCACUCUUCAAGUGACAGCUUGCGUGUAGAUGUCACUAGGAGCCAAAGAAAGGAUUGAUGAGGUGACCCAGCAAGGCUUCAUGGUCCAUAAAGAUCUCCUUUGACAUGGGUUUAGUAUGGCUGGACUCUCCCACAUAAAGGUAGCCUAAAGGUUGACAAGGCUGUCACCACCCAGCCUGUGGUCCCUUAUCUCCUAUGUUACUGUUUUCUCUUUAGGACACAACAUCAUUUCAGAUGUAGUCAAACCAAUCUAGGCUCUACUAGUCUGAGAUGUUAGGUGGGAAAUUUAACUGCUAGGGAUUCAAAGUGUCUGUGUAAUAAUAACAGCUGUUUGUUUCUUUUUCUCAUAAAAGGAGGGAUGCUUUGAAUAGAGGGCAAGUAUAUCAAAACCUUAAUUUCUUGUUCUUUCUUCUGAUUUUAAUAAGAAAGACUUUUCCAUCUCCAUUCUAACAUGGGCACUUCGUGAGGAGAAUUGUUGCUAUAGUAACUGGUGGACAAUCUUUUGUGGCCUAGAGAAUAGCAAGCAAGAAUUAAGGCCAGAAUAAGAGUUUCACGAGGCUUUGAGGACAUGUUUGUUUCAAACACCUUGAGCUCCUCUUUGUUCUCAAUCUGUAUAGGUCAUCCUCGUCAUACCACUCUGCCCCACGCCCAUCCUGAAUUGGCUUAGCUGAGGUCCACAAUUGGUCUCUCAUCACACAGCAUUCAAAUUCAACUGGAUGUUGAAUCUCCCACAUGUCAUCUAAACAGAGCAUUCAGGGAGUGAUUAUAGCCAAUGUCCUCCAGCCCUCUGCUCAUCCUCCAGGCAUUGAGGACCCAUACCAGGUCUUUGCAACCUUUUGGCUGGGGAGAUCUACCUUCUGUUGUUUUUCCAUCUCUUGGAGUGUUUUGUGCAUACCUUCCCUUUCUUGAGCCUUCGGAAAACCCUGUGAGGUAUUUGAGAAAUUGGUUAUUAGGGACAGUUUUGUGAUGGGUAAACUGAGGCUCA